AUGCCAUCUUCUUCAGAUAUCACUUUUCCCGAAGAGCUUUAUACAGUUGUAUAUAGAUUCUUAAAAGAUACCGGCCAUUCUAAGACUGCGGCGGCGUUUAAAAGAGAAGCUGCGAAUUUAAUAAAGGACGAUGAAACUGAGUAUGACUUGAGAAAAAUUUUCCGAGAUUUUAACAAUCGAAAUUUUAAGCAAGUUAUUAUAAAUUUAGACGAUUCGAGUGAAUCAGAAUCUUCGUCCGAGGAAAGUGACAAUGGUAAAAAGAUGGCAAAUCCAGAUGACUUGGAUGAUUCGACUUCGUCAUCCGAGGAAAGUGAUGAUGAUAAAAGUAAAAAAAUAACGCGUUUAGAUGAACAGAAAGAUAAAGAUGAAAAAAUAUCAAACGGUCGGAAUGAACCAGAAUCAGAAUCAUCCGAGGGAAGCGACAAAGAUAAAAAAAUGGAUGAUCAGAGUGAUGUGGAAGAUUCGACUUCGUCAUCCGAGGAAAGUGAUGAUGAUAAAAGUAAAAAAAUAACGCGUUUAAAUGAACAGAGUGAACCAGAAUCAUCAUCUGAGGAAGAAGAUAAAGAUGAAAAAAUAUCAAACGAUCAGAAUGAAUCAGAAUCGUCUUCAUCUGAGGAAAGCGACAAAGAUAAAAAAAUGGAUGAUCAGAGUGAUGUGGAAUCAUCAACUUCAGAAAAAUGUGAAAAAAAAAAUUUAGAUAACUUGAGUGACACGGAAUUAUCUACUUCAGAAAAAAGUGUGAAAAAAAACUUAGAUAACCCGAGUGAUACAGAAUCAUCUAAAUCCAAAAAGAGGGAUAAGAAAGAUGUACGUAAUUCUUCAGGUAGCAUACAAACGAGCAAGAAAAGGAAAAGUAGUAUAGAUGAUUCUUUCGAUAUUCAGAAAAGUCAAAUGAAUAAAAUAAAAACAGUGGAGCCAGGGAAAACUAAGAAUGGAUUUUAUCAACCUCGUAUAAAUGUAAAUGAAGUCAAGUUUCAUAAUGAAAAGUUGAAAGAUAAUAGCUUCUUAGCAAAAAGUGGAGCUGUUGGAUCAUAUGGCCAUAAAGCAUAUAAUGAUUUUGCACCCACUAGAGGUAAAGAUUUCCGUGCUCAGAAAACGAAAAAGAAACGUGGUUCAUAUCGUGGUGGUAAGAUCGACAUGCAAUCACAUUCAAUAAAAUUUGAAGAUUAA